GUAAAGUCCGUGGAGUCAAAAGCACAAGUAGCCAUGACUUGGAUAUGUCCAGUUUGCUCUUCUAGCAGUUUUUUUUUGUCUUAUUUUACUUUUUUUACUGUUUACUCGUAAAUUUUGGACAAGAAUCAUAAUAAAGAGGACCUUAUGUUACACCCCAUUCAUUAUAGUCAAAGUCAAAAAAUUAUUCAGUCAAAGUCUUGGUUAAAUAGGGACUUAAAUGUAGCGUAAAUCAUUUUAUUGAGACUUGGAUCCAUCAAAUUAUUUUAUUGGGGUCUAUUUUACAAAUUUACAAUACUUGAGAUUAUAUCAUGGACAUCAUUUAAAAUUUAGAAUUUAAUUUACAAGUAUGGAAGUUUAAUGACUAAAUGUUAUGCUUAAUUGAAGAAGGGGGAUUUUCUUUGCAAAUUUUAGUUGUGGCCCAUUUAAAAACCACUUGUUCAUUUCAUUACACACACAAGAAACAUAUACAAGAAUCUGGAAAGUGGAAACGAGGCAGAAGCUAGGAGAAUUCGAGAAAAAGAGGGAGAAAAAGAGAGAAAAGAGAAAAAAAAAAAGAAAGAAAGAAAAGAAAAGAAAGGAAAUGGAAGAGGCCGAUGAUUUUUAUAAGUUUGGGUUCUUCAUUUCUUUAGCUUAUCCUUAUUUUAAAGAGGUAAGUUAAUUAAAUUUCUAGGGUUUAUGAACCAUUCAUUUAUAUUCAAAGUUUAGCAAGAAUUAGAGAUUAUUAUUAUGUUUUUGAGGUAUUAAACAAGAAUAUAUCAAAGGAAUGUAUAUUUGAAAAUUUGUGAUGAAAAAAAUGGAAUUUUGAAGGGGGUUGUGAGAUAAGUGCUUAUUCUUUGAUUUUCUUGUGAUUAUAUAAUACUGAACACUUAAAUUAGGGAUUGGAAUUUUCCAUUUUUUAAGGUAAUUUUCGGGUUACUAUAGUAUAGGUGCCGUUUCUUAAAGUGUGCCCAUAAUGGUGCCACUUCUGUCAAUAGUUUUGGUGCCAGAUUUCAAUAUCUAGAAAUUGGUGUCAGAUUUCAAUAUUUGGAAUUUUACUGCUGUCUUUGUCAAACCUUUGAUUUUCACAUUUUAAAGGCUUGAAUGAAGUUUUAUGACAAGUAUUGAGCUUUAUGUAUUGGAAUAAAUUAUGCAUAGGGGUUGUAUAUGUAUAAGUUACUGAUUUUAAGGAAGUGUGAGCAAUUUAAUGGAUUUAAUAAUGCAUGGUGUUUAGUUGAUGACUCAAUAAAUAAAAUAAAAUAAAAGUUGGGGAAUUUGAGAUGAAAAAGUAAAUAUAGAAGUUGAGGAGUUAAGUGAUGAAAUUGUAUUAAUUUAAUUGUCAAGUUUUAAUUUGAGUAACUAUACCGUUAUUUCAGGUAGUGAUGGGAAAGUUUGGAAAAACUCGUCAAUUUAAGCAGAUUUGUAUCCAUAGAUCUGUGAGUGGAAAAAUAUAAAUAUUUUUAAAGUAUUUAUAAAUUAAGUAAGUUAUCAAAAUAUUUGCAAUUAUGUGGAUUAUUUGCUUUAUUAUGUGAUUACGAUGAAAGUUUCUUUUAUUAUGAUCCAUGCGAAAUUUCAAGGAUUAUUUAUUGUACAUUUAUGACUUGGUAUAUGAGACAUGUGAUAUUGAGAUUUGUUUAGCAUGUGAAACGUGAUAUUGAGAUCGACCAGAAAAGUACCUGUGAUUAUGUACUUCUUCUAGCUCAUAGAGGGGUCUUGGCCGUGUUCUAUACUACACAGAGGGGUCGACUGAGGAUGAAUGGGUCAUGAUUGUGUAGAUAUAGUUCACUGAGGGGCUUUGGCCGUGUUCUAAAAUUGAUUAUCAGAGGUCUUGAGACCCGUUUUCGUUCGUGAAAGGGCCAAAGGCCAGUGGCAAAAGUUCUUAGCUCGAUGGGCGGAUUACAGAUUUCAAUCAGAGGAAAGUGUCUCUAUGGAAGAAGUUUAUGUAAUAUACAGCUUCUUCUUUGUAAGGAAGAUCAUUGCUCACAUGUUCACUGUCUUCUUCUACUGUGUUGUACUCCCAUUGACAAUUUUGGUACCUGAAGUUGAUGUUGCGAAAUGGGGAGCCAUUUAUAUUCCUUGCAUCAUCACAGCUCUAAACUCAGUCGGAACUCCAAGGUCUUGUUUGAGAACAUGAUCUCUUUUCACCGUACCAAGGCUACCAUCAUUGGUCUGCUCGAGGCUAAGAGAGCUAACGAAUGGGUUGUUACUGAAAAACUCGGAGAUGCUCUCAAGAACAAGUCCAACGCUAAACGAGCACCAAAGAAAUUCAGAUUUAAACUUGGAGACAGAGAUUCAGAGGCAUAUCAACAUGGUGCAAGAAACUUUGCAAAUAUGGUGCAAGCCAAUGCAAAGAAUCCAGAAAAAGUCAUAUGCCAUUGCAAAUGUUCCAGAAACUAAUUCCAUCAACAUUUGAUAAAAUGUAAGGGCAUUUGAUCAUUAAUGGCAUAGAUCCUACGUAUACUACCUAGGUGUUUCAUGGGAAAAAAUCGAAUGCAUCAUCAUUGCCUUCUCAAGUUGUAGAAAAUUUAGAGAUGUAUAUAAUGAAUAGAGAUGCAUUUUUUUCAAGAUGACAGUAUUAUAGAACCCGAAAAUGGAGAUAGAGGGAAAGAAUUUUCAAAUUUAUAUGACGGCGUUGAUAUUCCUUUA